AUGGCUGACAAACUAUUGGCCGAAAAUCAUUUCAACACUCACUUUCAAACAAACCCCUCUGCAAAUAUUGACUCAAUAGUAAAAGCAUUUACUAAUACAAUAAUUGAAGCAGCAGAAAUCACAAUCGGAAAAAGCCAAUGCACUUUUGCCAGGAAAAAGGUACCAUGGUGGAACAACGAAUGCAAAACUGCCAUACAGAACUACAAAAAAGCCCCAAAUAAAUUCAGGAAAACAAGACUUCAAUCUGACCAUAUCAUACUUGAAAAAUUCAGAGCCUUAUUACGCCUAACAAUUAACAGCAGCAAAACAAACUCGUGA